AUGGCUUCAACAUCUCCCAUCAAUGGCGUAAAGAUUAGUGGCGAGUCAGAUCCUUCAAAGAUUAUCAAGGUUAUGGCCAAUGAUGGCAAGUCUGGGGAACCGCAGGAGCUUGUUUACACAAACUGCAAGGUUAUUGGAAAUGGAUCCUUUGGCGUUGUCUUUCAAGCAAAACUGGUCAGCAACAGCAGCGAAGAUGCUGCUAUCAAAAAGGUUCUUCAGGACAAACGCUUCAAGAAUCGCGAACUUCAAAUCAUGAGACUGGUCUCACACCCAAAUAUUGUUGACCUUAAAGCUUUCUUUUAUUCUAAUGGAGAAAAGAAGGACGAGGUUUUCCUCAACCUUGUGCUUGAGUAUAUUCCUGAGACGGUAUACAGAGCGUCACGCCAUUACUCCAAGAGUAAGCAGACAAUGCCGAUGCUUCAGAUCAAGCUCUAUAUGUAUCAGCUGUUCCGGAGUCUCGCAUACAUUCACACUCUCGGCAUUUGCCACCGUGACAUUAAGCCUCAAAACUUGCUUCUAAAUCCCACAACCGGCAUUUUGAAGCUUUGUGAUUUCGGAAGUGCCAAGAUCUUAGUUGCCGGAGAACCAAACGUGUCGUACAUUUGCUCGCGCUACUACCGUGCUCCAGAGCUCAUCUUUGGCGCAACCAACUACACAACUAACAUCGAUAUUUGGUCAACAGGGUGUGUCAUGGCUGAGUUGAUGUUAGGACAGCCUCUUUUUCCUGGUGAAAGUGGCAUCGAUCAACUAGUCGAAAUCAUCAAAGUACUUGGGACACCUACAAGGGAACAGAUCAAGACUAUGAAUCCCAACUAUAUGGAACACAAGUUUCCUCAAAUCAAACCUCAUCCUUUUAACAAGAUUUUCAGGUCCAGGACGCCUCCAGAGGCAUUAGAGCUUAUUUCGCGAUUGCUUGAAUACACCCCUACUAGGAGAUUUACACCCGUUGAGGCUAUGGUUCAUCCCUUCUUUGACGAGCUCAGAAACCCAGAAACAAGGCUGCCGAAUGGCAAAGAGCUUCCACCUCUGUUCAACUUUACUCCUCUUGAGCUAUCGAUCCGUCCAGAUCUUAUCCCAAUGCUAGUUCCUCGCCACGCUGAGGCCGAGUUCAGUUCUCGCGGAAUUGAUAUCCACAACUUUGUACCGAUUCCACUCAGUGCAACUCGUAUCUCACUGGACUAA